GGGCUCUAAUUUCACCCUACACCUGUUCAUCUAUACGUAUCACACUUUGUAUCUACAUUCUUUCCUCACGAUCGCCGCUUCAAGGAUUGAAUUAGGUCAAAAUCAGGUUAAAAUUUGGUACGAAUUUGGUGCGAUUGGAGGCGAAAGUGGAAGUUAGGGUUAGGGCUAGAUAAGUGUGUAGUUUGAUAGGUUUUGAUGAGGAAGAAGAGAAAAGGUAGUGACUUAUUGUGUAGUGAUAAGGAUACGAAGGAGAUUGUGGAGUCGACUGGCGAUUCAGAGUCGUUGAUAUCAAAUCUCAAGUGUCAUUACUCGUUGGAAGAUUAUGUUAGGUUGAAGAAAAGGUGUUGUAAGGAGGAUGUGGUUUACGGUGGUGAUGAUGAUGGAUCGUGUAAGAAUAGGCGUGCAGGGAUUGCCGCCACAGCUCCGCCGUGUGCGACGUCAUCGUUGGUUUUGUCGGGGAGAGGGAUUAAGAGGAAGAUUGGGUGCAUCGAUGUAGCGACUCAGAUGGGGAGGAAGAACAAGAUUGCGGAAGAUUAUAUUAAGGGGGAUACUAUUGGUAAGGGUAAGUUUGGGUCUGUUUGGUUGUGUAGAUGUAGGGCUAGUGGUGUGGAGUUUGCGUGUAAGACGUUGGUGAAAGGGGAGGAGACGGUUCAUAGAGAAGUUGAGAUAAUGCAGCAUUUGUCAGGGCAUCCGGGGGUUGUGACGUUGAAGGCGGUUUAUGAAGAUUCGGAGUCUUUUCAUUUAGUUAUGGAGUUGUGUUCAGGAGGAAGGCUGAUUGAUCAAAUGACGAAAGAAGGUCGUUAUUCUGAACAACGGGCUGCUAAUAUAUUCAAGGAGUUGAUGAUGGUGAUUAAAUAUUGUCAUGACAUGGGUGUGGUUCAUCGGGAUGUAAAGCCUGAGAAUAUCCUGUUAACAACUUCAGGGAAGAUUAAGCUUGCUGAUUUUGGCUUGGCAGUGAGGAUCACAAACGGUCAGAGCUUAGCUGGAUUGGCCGGAAGUCCUGCUUAUGUGGCACCAGAAGUCUUAAGUGGAAACUACAGUGAGAAGGUGGAUGUUUGGAGUGCUGGUAUUCUUUUACAUGCUCUUUUGGUUGGUGUUUUGCCGUUUCAAGGAGACUCAUUGGAAGACGUUUUCGAGGCAAUCAAAACUGUGGAACUCAAUUUCCACACUGGAGUAUGGGAAUCGGUGUCCAAACCUGCACGCGAUUUGCUUGAACGCAUUCUUACAAGGAAUGCUGAUUCCAGAAUAACAGCCGAUGAAGUAUUAACUUACACCUAUAGGCUCAUUCAUUUGUGUACACUAGGGGGAGAAUGCUUUGAGCUGCGGUUUCUAUAUUUGGUUAUGUCAUCCGUGGAUUAUAUUCUACACAGAACGCACCUUAAAAUCUCUAUCAUUCAAGUCAAAGUCAAAACAUCAAGCUAGAUCAUCCUCACCAACAGCAGCUACAACAUCUGUACUUGAGUUGACCAGAAAAUUGACUAUUAACGGUGAUUCAGUAAUUAACCGCUCAUCCCCAACAUCUAGAAGUUUAAGCCACGAUAAUUCAGAAGAACAAGACGAUUCAGGCUUAGUCGAUGCGCUUGCUGUUGCAAUAUCUAAUGUGAGGAUUUCCGAACCCAAAAGGAGCAGGCUAUGUGUGCCUACAAGUCCAAUUCGAGAGCAGCGUUCUUCUAAUGUCACAACCAAUAACCUUUGCAAAGCAUGCUGACCUUUGACUUUGACCUGAAUUGACUUUGACUUACAAACUCAGGUGGAGUAACCGUAGAAGCCUAACGAUGCGCCGAGAAAGGGUGAGAAAAUGGUGUAUAGUGAAUGUAAAUAUAAUAUGAGUAGAUGAUGGGUAAUGAAUGAAUGUUGGUGAUUUAUGUAGAUUGGUUUGGUGGGAAAGUGAAUGGUAUGAUGUUUGCUUCCCCUUAUUUUUUUCUCGUGACUUUGCUGUUUUUUAACCUUUAUAAAUGUGGGAACUGGAUCAGAAGUUAUGAAUAAAGUUUUCAUGUUCAUGUGUUU